ACGCUGUUGCCGGAAGCGCAUUGCAUCGCGGAAGUGUCAUUCACGUUCCGUUGCGCGUUUUGAUUAAUGAGCUUUCAUGGGAUGUUGCGCUAAUUAGCUUUGCCCAAAUGUCUCGACCUUAUUUAGAGCAAAUUGCACACCUUUUUCAGCGCUACCGGGAUUACGUCACCCGGAACCCGGGUGUUACGGCGCAGCUGGAGAGCGCAGUGCGGACUCUGUCUUAUCUAAUAGCAGGCCGCUUUUCAGACUCCCAUGAACUUUCAGAGCUGGUGUAUUCAGCAUCAAAUCUGCUGGUGUUGCUGAAUGAUGACAUUCUCAGGAAGGCUCUCUCCAGGACUCUGCCUGUGUCUCUCUCCCAGCAGAAGCUGCUAACUUGGCUUUCUGUCCUGGAGUAUGUGGAAGUCUUCACUGAGAUGGCAGCCGCUAAGCUGUGGAGAGAACCCGGGCGCUGGCUGGUCGUCGUCCUCAUCCAGAUAGCGAAAGCCAUCCUGCGCAUCCUCUUGCUCUUCUGGUACAAAUCAGGCAUCCAGACGUCACCUCCCAUAAUCCCUCUGGACAGAGACAUACAGCUGUAUAACAGAGAUCAGGGCAGCGCCGAGGAAGACAUCACAUUCAUCGGACAGCGCUCAGGGAGAGUGGUGAGACCUUUGAGAAGUGCAUCAUCACUGCAGAGUCGGCUAUGGGGUGACCCUCACAGAGAGAGGAAGAGGAGGGAGCAGGAGGAGGACCUACAGGCAAGCCCCACCCCUCUGGGCCUGCAGGAGACUAUUGCAGAAUCACUGUACAUCGCUCGACCCAUAGUGCACUUGACCGCUCUAGGAAUUUGCGGCAGGCGUUCCUGGAAGCCGUGGCUCAUCUCCGGCAUCCUGGAGAUAACGAGUUUCAGUUUGUUGUCUGACAUGAUGAAGACCCUGAACCGCAAAGAGAGGGCCGAGAUGAGGAGACGAGCCUUCCUCCUGCUUUACUACCUGCUCCGCUCACCUUUCUAUGACCGAUACUCUGAAGCAAAGAUCCUCUUCCUUCUCCGGUUCUUGGCCGAUUACAUUCCUGGAGUUGGCUUAGUUGCACGUCCAUUGAUGGAAUACUUACCCGUUUGGCAGAAGAUCUACUUUUACAACUGGGGCUGAGGCUGUACCUGCUGAAAAGGUCAUGCAGACCUGUCUGGAGAAAAGACUCAGAAAAUGCUUACGUCUGCUGCAAAGACCACAUGGGAUGGAAACACACAUACACACAUCUAUGAGAACAUCCUGUGACAAUCUGAGUUGUAGAUGAAGUAGAGGUUCUGUGACUCAGCACAUUAUUUCAGUUUGUUUAGCUAGCUUUCAUAAAACAGACAGUUAAUAAUCCAGUUUAGAAAAUCAUUCUUCUCUUUCUUUUGUUUCAGUUUUCAUGAAUCUUUUUUUUUUUUUUUUUUUUAUAAUUAUGUAUAGCACAAUAAAUUGAAUCUCUCAGUGCCACAUUUUACACCAAUUCUUUGUUCAUGUAAUGAUUUAUUAUGAGAACACAUCUUUUCUGUUCAGGGCGUUUUUUUUUGUUUGUUUUUUUUUGAAGGUAAUGCAGGACAGUGAUUCACCCUGACUUGCUGAGCUCAAGUCAUUAUUAUUGCUGUUGAGAUAUUUUUCCAUGAGAUCAUCGGGUUGAGUAGAACUGAUAAAAGCUAUAUGGCCUUUUUCAGAGGACAUCCUGUCUUUCUGGAUCCCCUUUUACUUCAAACCAGCAUUAUAAGCAUCAGUGAACUGAUGAACGUCCUCUAUUUUUCACUGUGAACUAACUAACAGCUCAUUUUGGUAACUGAGUAAAACUGACUUGUGCAAUGGCUGAAAAUGCUCUGUGAUUAUGAAUAUUCAUGAUUUUAUUAAAGGCAUCCGAAGAAAAAAAGAAAAAAGAAAGAAAGACCAGAAAUCCAGUGUUAGAAAUAGAUGAUGGAUUUUCUACACACCUUUAUGCAUUUAAUAAAUCAGCCAGUGAUGGGAAAAGCAA